AUGCUGGUUCAGACCCCGCUCACCCCUCCGGGCCUCGGCGCCGAUGUGGUGAUGCCGAGCAUAAAUGAGGACACACCGACCGCAACCACAACCUCCUUCGAAGCCCGCGCGCUGGAACUCCUCCGCCUUGGUGACAACGCCCGCGCGCUGGAACUCCUCGAGGGGUACGCCGACAAGUUCAAUAUCCGCCUCGUCAACAUGCUCUUCACGGCGCUGAUUGGGACCGGGGUCGGGGUAGACGCGGCCGCGGCGGGGCCCCCAGAGGCGGUGCUCGCGUGGCUCGCAAAGAUGCGUGCGGCGGCCCACCUGCAGCGGCGCGACUUUGGCGCCGCCGCCGAGCUGCUGCGCAGCAUGAUGAAGCGGGCCGCCGGUGCCGACUACCCGCCCCCGCCCAACGAGAUGUCCUUCAACACGGUCAUCUCUGCCCUCGGCGACGCGGCGCAGCCCGAGCGCGCAGAGUCGGUCCUCUCGACGAUGAUCGACGCCGGCUUCACGGCGUCGCCCGUCACCUUCACCGCGACCAUCGCCGCUUUUGCAAAGCAGUCCCGCCCCGCGGACGCCGCCCGCGUCCUCAAGCGCAUGCUCGCGGCGCGGCUGCAGCCCGACACGUGGUGCUUCAAUGCCGUCCUGUCGGCAUACGCCAACGCCGCCGACCCGGAGGGGGCGCGGGCCACGCUGGCCAACUUCGAGGCGCGCGCGGCGGAGGAGUGCCCGAACGCGGCGCCCGACUUGGUCUCGUACAACACGCUCAUGCUCGCCUGCGCGCGGGGCGGCAGGCCCGCCGAGGCGGAGGCUGCCUUCCAAAAGCUGCUCGCGCGCGGGCUGGUGCCAAACGAGGUCUCGUACUCGACCGCCAUCUCAGCACAUGCACGCGCCGGCAACGCCGCCGCCGCGCAAGGCUGGCUCGACAAGAUGACCGCCGCCGGCAUCGCCCCCGACGCGGUCGCCUUCAACGCCGCCUGCUCCGCCCACGCGCGUCUCGGCGACGCCGCCGCCGCGCUGCGCUGUGUCGACGCGAUGCGCGCGGCGGGCGUCGAGCCGACAGCGUCGACGCACGCGAUCCUGGUCAACGCGCUGGUGAAAGCGGGGCAGCUCGACGCGGCCAGCGCGUCGCUGCAGGCGCUGCUCGUCGCCGGGGAGCGCCUCUCCGCGCCGACGUUCAACACGCUCAUCUCCGCGUACGGCAAGGCUGGCCGCAGGCCCGACGCCGAGGCGGCCUUCAGCGCGAUGCUCGCGGCGAACGUGCGCCCGUCGCUCGUCACCUACAACGCCCUCGCCUCGGUCUACGCGCUCGAGGGCGACAUCGACGCCGCCGAGGCCGCAGUGCACGCGGCGUCGCAGCGUGGCUUUGCGCCCGACCGCUUCACCUAUGCGGCGCUCUUCAACGCGUGCGAGGCGCUUCCGGCGCGCGACCGGCGCCGGCGCGCCGUGCCGCACGUCACGGCUCUGCUCUCUUCGCGCGUCGAAUUGACGGAGCGGCUGCGCCGCUCUUCCGCACGGCUGCUCGGAGACGACUCGUUCGCCGCCCUCCUCAAGUCUCACCGAGGCUCCGGCGGCGGGGGCGCGGCGACUCGCGCGGCGCGCCCGCGCGCCAGCCCGUCCCUGCGCGUGGAGGCGCCGGAGUUCGUCCCUACGGGCGCCGAGGGCGCCGAGGGCGGAGGCUGCAGUGCUGGGGCCGCGGCAGAGGCGGGCGAGGAUGACGGGUGGACCGAGGUGCAAACUUCGCGCCGCGGCGGCCGGCGAGGCAAGGCGAAGCCGCCGGCGGCGGCGGCGGCCUCGGCGACGAUCCGAAAGGAGAAGCCGCCGACCCCGCGGACGAGCACGGCGCCGCAGCCGAGCGCGCCGUCGCCGGUGCGCCUCGCCGGGGUGCCGCUCACUCGCUCAAAGUCAAACCGCGCGCGGCUGCUCGAGCUGGCGCAAAGCGUCGCCGCCGCCGAGGCCGGCGACGCGGAAGGCGGCUCGCCCGCCUCUGGGGACGGGCAGCGCGGAUCGAUGCGCUCGCGGUCCGUCUCAUCCAACUUAGCGGACGCGCUCACCGUGCCGCCGGCGGUGCCGCUCACGAGGUCGGCCGCCUCGGAGCUCGCGAUCACGUUGGGCGACGACAUGCGGCUCGAGUAG